UGUGCGUGCAUACCAACGCACACACACAGCCGCUCCGCAUACCGAGGCGCGCGGGCGCACCGAUCGCUACGUUUUGCAUCGAAGCCUCAGUUCUAAAGCUACUUUUAGGGUCAUCAAACGCUUUAUAGAUUUAAAACACGUCAAAACUUUAUAGAAUUAACAACCCUAGUUCUAAUUUUAAAAACAGAACAGUGCGUGUAACGUGAAGUGCGAUGAAAGUUUUGAUUGUAACAAUUUCAACGUGUUAAGUUUUAAAUUAAGGUUGUGUUAAGUUUGUGGUUAAGUGAAAAGUGCUGGUUAACUAGGUGUGGUGACAUCAGUGCUAUGGCAGGGUUUGCGAGGGGUUGAAAGAUGUGGAAGAACACUUUCUACGUGAAAUCUGUAAGGAAAAAGGAGACCAGCAUAUAGGGUCUCACGAUGUCCAGCUGUUCCGGGCCCGGCGUGUGCGGCGGCGCGCGCCGGCGGCCCCCGCCGCCUCCCGAGCCAGCUCUGUCGCUCGCCGCCGAUCUGAGCGAACUGAGCUUGGACCAGGGUUAUCACACGUUAGCUGACUGUGGACCGCCAAGAAGAAGAAGGGAUAACACCCUCAGUGAUGCUAUUUGGUUGAAGAUACUUUCGCAUUUAGAGGUAUCAGACCUGUGCCGCAUGUCGCGCGUGUGUCGACGCUGGGCGCGACUGAUCUCGCGCCUGACCGCCAGGCCCGAGGUUUGGAAGAAGAUCAGAGCGGCCGGGCCGUUGGAGGUGGCGGCUCGAUGUGCCGGGGCGAGGGCGGGGCCCUGUGUUAAUGGAGUCAGAGAGUGGCGGGCGAAGAAUUCUGUGGUGACAGCAGCAGGCGCACAGCUCCUGGCCGCUACGUUCAGAAAUCUAACGCAUUUAGCGGUCACCGGCUCAAGCAGUAUGGAUGCGCGCGCACUAGCGCCGCUCAUCACCGACCUGGUGGACUUAAGGCAUAUUGACCUUACUGGCUGCCCAUCCGUGGACUGGCCUGAGUGGGCAUGGCUGGAGGGUCGGCUAGCGACGCGUCGGCCACCGGUGGAGUACAUAGACCUCACGGAUUGUGGAGCAGUCACCGACGCUGGCUUGUGUGCGUUGUUGCACACGUGUCCCUCGCUCCAGUACCUCUACCUACGAAGAUGUACCCUUGUCACAGAUGGAGGUGUCCGGUGGAUCCCUUCGUACUGUGCGCUCAAAGAGCUCAGCGUGUCCGACUGUACGGGCGUCACGGAUUUCGGUCUCUACGAGUUGGCGAAACUCGGCCCGGCGCUGCGCUACCUUUCCGUGGCUAAGUGUACUCAGGUGUCAGAUUCCGGAGUACGGACACUAGCCCGCCGAUGUUACAAGCUGCGGUAUCUGAACGCGCGCGGCUGCGGCGCGCUGGGGGAUGACGGCGUCGAAGCCGUGGCUAGAGGAUGCUCCAGGUUACGAGCCCUGGACCUCGGGGCCACUGACGUGUCAGAGGCUGGGUUACAGAUCCUCGCCCGAUGCUGUCCUAACCUGAAGAAGCUGGCCCUCCGCGGCUGCGAGCUGAUCGGAGACGACGGUCUAGAGGCAGUAGCGUACUACUGCCGCGGUCUGACGCAGCUCAACAUCCAAGACACGCCGGUCACGCUCAGGGGGUACCGGGCAGUGAAGAAAUACUGCAAGCGAUGCGUCAUUGAACAUACUAAUCCUGGAUUCUGUUGAUGAUAAAUAGAACCCAUUGUAUUGUAAACUGGUUUAAACUAAGACCUUCCAGGACACCCCUAUU